AUGAACUUCUUCCACUACGACUACCCCAGUCCCAUUCAUCUUCAUGAAUCUGUCAGUCUCUACCACUACAACACCUCGGUUGCCACCUCUUAUCACGACUCGAUCGAGCAGCACAUCAUGAAUGCCCCGGCUGGCAGGUGCUUCUACGAAGCACUUGGGGUCCCUCCAAAUGCCAAAAAGCAGGAGAUCAAGCAUGCUUACAGAAGACUUGCACUGCAAUUACACCCGGACAAGAACCAGGGAGACCCAAGCGCCAAAGAGUUGUUCCAAGAGAUCCAAGCCGCUUAUGAAGCCCUCUGUGAGGAUGACAAACGCGCAAAUUACGAUAAAUUUGCCGCAUUUAAACCAUCAAAUCCAUCAGUACGCACAUGGAGAGAACCAUAUUACGAGCCCUAUAACGCUUAUACACGAGAUCCUUCUUUCUGGUCAGCAGAAUUACGCGAAAUGACCGUCCAGAAAUGUGCAAGAAUCACAAAAAUCCAACAUCUCGAACGUGAGAUUCGGGAAUUAUUGGUCAGCCUCAACGACUUGUUCGAUGCAGAGGACAGAGCGGUCAGCAUGGAGAAGAAAGCACAAGGCUGGUUCUCCUCCUUCAUCAAGUCGCGUCCCCCCAAAGUCAACGCCCAGCGGCAUCGACAAUUCUUAACGAAAUCUGCUUAUAUCAACGCCCACCUUAACACGGCAAAAAACGAGCUCCGGACCGCCCAUGAAGACCACAGAAGUUUGCUCGAAAAGGACAACAACCGGAAGACCUGGUGGGCCAGGGAGAGGGUCAGACGAGUCGAGGAGGAGAACAGAAGAGCAGCAACGACGGCGGCGGAGGCGGCACGUCGAAGAGCCGAGAGGAUGCGUGAGCAUGGAACGAUGGACUCGGAAGAGGCGAGGGCAGCAGAGGAAAUACGCCGGCAAGCGCGGGAGAAGGCAACAAGGAUAGCACGAGCGGCAAGAGCGGAGGAAGAAUCUCGCAAGAGAGCCGAGAGGGUACGGGAAGACCCCGAAGCAGCGAAGGAGACACAAAGAGAAGCUUCUGAGUGGUUAGCGCAACAGAGGGAGGAGGCGGAACGUCAGAGAUGA